UGACCGGGAGUCAAACCCGCGACACUUCAGGGCCGACGCUCUGACCCCCGAGUCACACCGGCCGGGGCUGUGACCUGCAUUCCCAGGUCAACGCUCCCUCCUCGCCGUCCCCGACGUCACGUGGUGGCUGCGCCGCUCUGUCCCUCCCCCGAGCAGAGGCUGGCGUUUCAGCAUUUUCGGGGCUGCCCAUCCAGGUGGCGCCCAGGUUUCCUCUAGAACGUCAGAUGCUCCCCCGGAUCCCUGCGCGGAGGUAUCCUCGCCCACAACGGGCUGUGACAGCCUGUGAUUGUUUUACGACUGUGCCCUCGGACGUCCCUCCCCGUCGCCCCCGGACCAGUGUUCCUCGGGCCUCGGUCACGAACUCCAGGAUCACAGCAGAAAGGUCAAGUCCCGCGUAGGAAGCACAUUCCUGCGCCGGCGCCGGGAAGAUAAGCGUGGGAAAGAUCGCGUCCCGCCAAUAGUGCUGAUGCUGAUAAAGCGCCACCCCAAGCGUGAGCGCCCGCAGCGGCUUUACUGAAACGAGCGAAUUCCAGACAAAGGAAUGUGGCGGAUGUGGAACUGUUUCUGCUUGAAAACGUGCCCCCAGCACCUUCAAGCCCUCGCUUCCCGUCGGCGCCCCGCAGCCCAGCCCCCCCACAGACCCCGCAGGCUGGGCCGAUUUCCUUUGUCCGGCCAUCCUGUGCUUUAUUUCCCGCCUGGAUGGUGCCCUCAGCCCAUUUCUGCCAUGUUUCUGGAGCAGCGACCACACAUCUCUGCGGAGAGGCCCACACUUGGACUGAUUGUCAGGGACGCUUUGGGCUAAGGUGACCCUCAGUGACGACGUAUGACACUCACGUCCCGUGGGCUGAGCUGAAGUUGGAUCCGGAAAACCCACCUGUGCCCUGUGAGGGAUUUUCCGAGGACCCUGCUGAGCACAAACGAUGGAGCCAGAGUUUAAUGUCAGACAGGCUGUUGGAAAGUAGGUGACAGUCAUGUCACAAACAAUUGUGUCAGCUCUGCACCCGCUGGCCGUAGUGCUCUGACCCCUCUGAGCCUGGCCAUAGACGCGACUCCCUUUGGCGGCACUCAGGCCGUCCCCCCGCCGACCAGGCCCUCGACAGGUUUGCGAUGAAGAAGUAUUAUGACGAUAAAGUGUCGGCAUUGAUGCAGCCGUCCCAGAAGCGGUACGUCCAGUUCCUCAGCGGGCUGCUGUCGGGGACGGUGAAGAUGAACGCCUCGCCCCUGUUCCUGCAUUUUGUCAUCCUGCAUGGCACCCCCAACUUUGACACAGGCGGGGUGUGCCGGCCCUUCCUGAAGCUCUACCAGGCCAUGCAGCCCGUCUACACAUCAGGGAUCUACAACGUCGGCCCCGAAAACCAGAGCCGGAUCUACAUCGCCAUAGAGCCGGCCCAGCUCCUGAAAGGGGACAUCAUGGUGAAGUGUUACCACAAGAAGUACCGUUCGGCCACCCGGGAUGUCAUUUUCCGCCUGCAGUUCCACACAGGGUCCGUGCAGGGCUGCGGCCUCGUGUUCGGCAAGGAGGACCUGGACAGCGCCUGCAAGGAUGACCGCUUCCCUGCCCACGGGAAGGUCGAGCUAGUGUUCUCGGCCACCCCCGAGAGGAUCCCAGGCUGUGAGCAUCUGCGUAACGACCACGGGGUGAGCGUGGACUUCAACACGGCAGACCCACUGAUCCGCUGGGACUCGUACGAGAACCUGAGUGCCGACGGGGAAGUGCUGCACACGCAGGGCCCCGUGGACGGCAGUCUCUACGCCAAGGUGAGGAAAAAAAGUGCCUCGGAUCCCGGUGUCCCGGGAGGGGCCCCAGCUGUCCCCGCCACCAGCAGCCCAGACCACGGCGACCACACCCUGUCGGUCAGCAGCGACUCGGGCCACUCCACGGCCUCGGUGAGGACAGACAGGACCGAGGAGCACCUGGCUCCGGGAUCCAAGAGGGGCCUGAGCCCCCAGGAGAAGGCCGAGUUGGAUCAGCUGCUCAGUGGCUUUGGCCUAGAAGAUUCCGGAAGCCCCCUCAAGGAUAUGACUGAUGCCUGCAGCAAGUUUAGUGGGACGCGCCACGUCGUGCCGGCCCAGGUCCACGUGAACGGAGACGCCACGCCCAAGGACCGGGAGACGGACAUCCUGGACGAUGAGAUGCCCAGCCACGACCUGCACAGCGUGGACAGCAUCGGGACCCUGUCCUCCUCCGAGGGGCACCCGCCCGCCCACCUGGGCCCCUUCGCCUGCCACCAGAGCAGCCACAACUCGCUCCUGUCCGACGGGUUUGGGAGCAGCGCCGGGGACGACCAGCACGGCGCCCUCGUCCCCGACCUGGGCCUGGGCGUAGAGCCGCUGUAUGAGCGGGAGGCUUUCGGGAGCCGGGAGCCUCCACAGCCGCAGCCCGAGCUUGGGGCGCCCUGCGUGUCCGCCCAGGCCCAGGCCUACGGGCAGAGCGGCUACUCCACGCAGACCUGGGUGCGCCAGCAGCAGAUGGUGGCUGCCCGGCAGUACAGCUUCGCCUCGGACGGGGAGGCCCGGCUCGUGGGCCGCGGCCCAGCAGACGGUUCCUGCGCGGCGCAGGCCCAGCCCCGGGGCCCAGUCACCCCCGCCCGGGGGGCCAACAGCAGAGUGGCCGUGCAGAGGGGCGUCGGCCCCGGGCCACAUCCCCCUGACACCCAGCGGCCCCCUCCCGGCAAAGGGUUCAAAGCCAGGUUCCCGGACAGCAACGUCAUGAACGGGACAGGCCCGGAGCCCAGCCCGGACCCCUCCCCGGGCUCGCCCACCCUGGACAUCGACCAGUCCAUUGAGCAGCUCAACAGGCUGAUCUUGGAGCUGGACCCCACCUUCGAGCCCCUCCCCACCCACAUGAACAAGCUGGGCAGCCCAGCCAACGGCCCCACUGCCCCGGAUGGCAUGGGGAACGGGCCCCGGGGCAGCGGCCGCCUGCAGGACAGAGGAGAGGACCCCAGCCGAGCCCCCGCGCAGCAAGGCUCCUCGGGGGAUGAGCCGCUGGGCAGAAGGUUCCGGAAGCUGAGCGUCGGUCAGUACGACAGUGACGCCGGGGGGCAGCCGGCCUUCUCCAAGUGCGGGUGGGGGAAGCCCGCGGGUGCGGAGCAGGCUCCGAGCCUGGCGCCUUUCCUGGCUCCCGCAGACGCCAAAGAGACGGUGAUUGCCGCGUAUCCCCCACACCUCGACGGGGUUGACGGCAGGGUCUUCUCUCCGAGUAAGAACGGCAGCGAGUCCGGGCCGCCCACGCCCUCCUUCCCCGUGUCUCCGCCGACGCCGUAUGCGACCACGCCUCCGCAUUACCCCGCGUUCAGCCCGACCGGGCCGCAGAGGAGCGGCGCCAGCCGUCUCUACAAAGCAUCGCACGAACCUCGAGGCUGCCCCGAGGUCCUCGGUCACUCCGUGGGGAUGUCAGAGAGCCCCGUGGGACCCAAACCCUCUGCACCGUCCUUCCCUCGGGCCUUUGGGUCCUCCUGCGCCAUCGCCAGCAGCAGCCCCGGCUCUCGGAGGGACAGCCCCUCGUCCGCCGAGCACCAGUGGGUGGACGCCAGCCCCAAACCCACGCAGGCCCUGCUGGGGAGCAGCCGGCCCCCAGGAAGCCUCCCCAGCACCAGCGAGUUCCCGGGCCCUGGCAAGGACAGCCCCAGCCCCGGGCGGCCGCAUCUCCCGCCUGCCGAGCUCCAGGCCUCUUUCCACAGCCACGUGCUGUCGCUGGCGGAGCCGCCGGAAGCUCUGGGCCCCCCGAGCAGCCAGGCCUUCCUGGGCUUUGGCACAGCCCCUGUGGGAAGCGGCCUGACCCCUGGAGAGGACCCCGGGGCCCUGCUGGCCGGUUCCCACGCAGCGUCCCAGCCCCUCGGCACCCCGCGGACAGCUGCAGCAGCUGUCGACAAUGGCUUCCUGCCGCACAGCUUUCUCACGGUGGCUCCCGGCCACGGCGGCCACCACAGCCCCGUCCUGCAGGGGCCGGGCCUGUCGCUGCCGGGGCAGCCGCCCCUCCCCGAGAAGAAGCGGGCCUCGGAGGGGGACCACUCCCUGGGCUCGGUGUCGCCUUCCUCCAGCGGCUUCUCCAGCCCGCACAGCGGGAGCACCAUGAGCAUCCCUUUCCCCAACGUCCUGCCGGACUUUUCCAAGCCUCCCGAGGCAGCAGCUCCUUCUCCGGACAACGCAGGCGAAAAGCAGAUGUCGGUGAGCUUCGUGCAGGACACCUCCAAGUUCUGGUACAAGGCGGACAUCUCCAGGGAGCAAGCCAUCGCCAUGCUGAAGGACAAGGAGCCCGGGUCCUUCAUCGUCCGGGACAGCCACUCCUUCCGAGGCGCCUAUGGCCUGGCCAUGAAGGUGGCCACACCCCCGCCUUCUGUCCUGCAGCUGAACAAGAAAGCUGGAGACCUGGCCAACGAGCUGGUUCGGCACUUUUUGAUCGAGUGCACCUCGAAGGGGGUGCGGUUGAAAGGCUGCUCGAAUGAGCCCUACUUUGGGAGCCUGACAGCCUUGGUGUGCCAGCACUCCAUCACCCCCUUGGCACUGCCCUGCAAGCUGCUCAUCCCAGACCGAGAUCCACUGGAGGAAAUAGCAGAAAGUUCUCCCCAAACGGCAGCCAACUCCGCGGCCGAGCUGCUGAAGCAGGGGGCAGCCUGCAAUGUGUGGUACCUGAACUCUGUGGAGAUGGAGUCGCUCACAGGCCACCAGGCCAUCCAGAAGGCCCUGAGCAUCACCCUGGUCCAGCAGCCGCCACCCCUGUCCACGGUGGUGCACUUCAAGGUGUCGGCCCAGGGCAUCACGCUGACCGACAACCAGAGGAAGCUCUUCUUCCGGAGGCACUACCCCGUGAGCAGCGUCAUCUUCUGCGCGCUGGACCCGCAGGACAGGAAGUGGAUCACGGAUGGGCUAGAGUCCAGGGUCUUUGGUUUUGUGGCCCGGAAGCAGGGCAGUGCCACGGACAACAUAUGCCACCUCUUUGCAGAGCACGACCCUGAGCAGCCUGCCAGCGCCAUCGUCAACUUCGUGUCAAAGGUCAUGAUUGGCUCCCCUAAGAAAAUCUGAGCCCCUCAGGCUGAGAUGCCAGAAGGGCCAGGGCCGCCCUGCCGUGUCCCCAUGGUGACCCAGACAUUCUGGCUCCUCCAGCUUCCCGAGGACCAACACCCACACCCUUCCUGAGACGGACACGCCCAUAUGCCCCUUUCUGGGCAGAAUUGGGCACCAGGCCACCCACCUAGCUCCGCACCCAGAACCCUGUGAGGAAAUGCAGGGUCCCCGUCGCCUUGCCCGCCAGCAUUUGUGGGAAGGGGACACCCAGCCUGCUCUGCCAUGGCCUGAGUGGCCACUGCGUGUGGUCCCCACAAUGGCAGAGGGCUGCUGUCCAACUGACGCCCUGGGGCCUCUGCCCCCCCAGGACAAGGCGCCAUUAACCUCAGAAGGGGACACACCUGUGGUGAAGGUCGUGCAGGUCAGGCCCUUCCUGACACUGGGGGCACGAAUGAGGGAACCACGUGAUGGACUUUGAGGACAAGGGCGUCACCCUGGGCUGAGAGCCCCACCCCGGCCUGGUGAUGGGCGGCUCCAGCCUUGCCACAUCGGGUCAGAAGGUGCGCCAGGCCGUGAGAGGAGAAAGGGGGAAGACAGAAGUGAACGCCAUUUCCAUGUAACUUACAGUUUUUAUGCCAAAUUGUUGACCGCGGUUUGUUGCGGCUGGUCUGUGCUGGUGUCUCUGCUGCGCCUGCCACACCCGCCGUUUAAGAGGCACCAGGAGAGAGGCGACGUCCUUCCUGGGCGGGAGGUUCUAGGAGGGUGGGGCAUGCUGAGCUCCGGAAGCUCCUGUCCCAUCCGUCUGUGUGCCUGUGCCUCCUGGAGGGGGCGGAGGGGGACCUCAGUCUCACGAGUGUUUGGGGGUCUCCGCCCCCUCGCCUCAGCCACUGUGUCCAUCCCAUAUGCUGACGUGAUGUGGCCGUGCCGUGGCCUGUCACCUGAUCUGUCAGUGGCCACGGGUUCAGGAGAAGCUGGUGGCCCUGCAGGUGCCGCUUCCUUCCUCAAGCCGCUGCUCUGUGGGCUCCGCCCUGAACUGCCCAUUCUCUGCCCUGGAAACCAAGCACCAGCUCCUCCGUCCCCAGAAUCACCAGCGAGGGUCCCCACCUGGGGCUGUGCCUUGUGGACUCUGUUUUAGUGGGUCAGAGGCUUGGGCGAGGAGCUGGGACCGUGGAGGGUGGAAGACCAGCUGCUCAGCUCCCACUGAAGCACCAAACGCAAGUGCCUCAUUUCUGUGCCAAAUGUCCGCCUCAGUCCUCCAGGGCGGACCCUCCUUCCACGUGCCGUGUGGCUGCAGGGACUGCUGGCCUCUCCCAGCCCGAGGCCCUGGUCCCCAAGGAGGCAUCUAGCUGUCCCUGUGGGAAUCAGGGCUGAUGCUGUUCCCAGGAGGCGCCUUGUCCCCAAAUGGCUCACACCCAAGUCUGACCCAGAUUGCGGGCCAGGCCCCUCACCUUUCGGACGGAGGAAGAGGGGCAUGUACGAAAGAGCCAGACAGGUGUGGGGCUGAGACGCAUAACCCACGGGAAUCAGAGACCCAGGCCUCCCGCGUGGCACAGCCUGUUUCCAGGAUGCCCGAGAAACUGGGCACCUCUGCUUUUCAAACUGACGGGCCGGCGGUGAUGUGCCCUCCCAGUGGUCAAGGGCACCCGGAGGUUUGCUCCAAGCCAUAGGCUCCUGAGGAACCCAAGGAUGCCGGCCCCUGGUCUCUGAUGAGCUGGUACGACAGGUCUCUUUACGUGUUACAUGUGCAUUAAACGGGACCAGAUGCACCCAUGACCGCUGGCUCAGCACGGGGAGGACCCUUCCCCCCCGGCUUCUG